GUCCUCAUCCGCACACCGCCUGCCGCCCUCCAUCCCCGCGGCCUCGCCAAGCACUGCUGAACUCGCUCAUACCGCUGCUCAAAUGGCCUCUUAUCUGAUCUGGCUGGGCGCCGUCGCCCUGCUCGCCGCCGCCUUCCGCUUCGCCAAUCCAUCGCUGUUCAAGUUUGUCUACAAGCACAUUCUCCUCGUUUUCAUCAUGAUGGCCACCUCCUUCUAUGGCUGCACCAUCUCCAUCCCGCUGUUCCUCAUCGGCAAGGGCGGCAUGGUCAACUACUACACGGGCUCGUUCAUGGCUGCCAUCGCCUCGCCGCUGCUCAGCGUCAAGUACAAGGUCGUCAACGAGGAUCUCUUGCACACCGACUCCUCGGCUGUCUACAUCAUCAACCACCAGAGCAGUCUCGACCUCAUUUCCAUGUCCCGAGGAUUCCCUAAAAACGCCGUUGUGCUGGCCAAGUCCAUCAUCAAGUGGUACCCCUUCCUGGGCCCUUACAUGAUCUUUGCCAACAAUGUCUUUAUCGACCGUGGCAACCGCCAGAGCGCCAUCGACACCAUGGCCAAUGUCGCCAAAAUCCUGAAGCAGAAGAAUCUCUCGCUCUUCAUCUAUCCCGAAGGUACUCGCUCUGGCCAGACCACCAACACCCUGCUUCCUUUCAAGAAGGGCGCCUUCCAUCUGGCCGUCCAGGGUCAGAUCCCCAUCAUUCCCAUCGUCUUUUCUUCGUAUCACUCUGUCUACAACGUCAAGCGCCGCCUCUUUGAAGAUGGCGAAGUUACCAUCAAAGUGCUCCCCAAGAUUUCAACAGAGGGCCUCACCACCGCCGAUGUCGACGCCCUGAUAGAGAAAUCCAGAAACCUCAUGCUCGAGACUCUGCGCGAGAUCUCCGGCCCGCCGCUGGACGACCCCAGCACCGUUGCUGCCUCUGCCGAGACCAAGAAGAAGGAGUGAGCCCGCGCAGCCCGCUGUGCCAGCCUUCCUGGAUUGCUUGAUCGCCGCCAUGAGCGUAUCCUCUGUGAGAAUCAGGAUGCCCCGAGUUUCCGAGGAGUGACGGCCGCGGCGCCUUCCUGUUCUGAAUAUACAUAUACUUCACCCACCGA